AUUUUUCAUCUUCAUGACAUCACAGUACUUUUGUUUCGGGAUUCUGUUCUACGCUUGUAAAUAUAGACUAGAGAUUGAUCUGAACAAGCACUCGGCAUACGCUACCCAUUAGACUAGACACUAGAUUAGAUAGUCUUCAUCUAGACUAGUGUCGAGUUAGUUGUUUGUUUUUUUCUGGGGACUAGCAUUCAGUUCAAAAUGUCGUUCGCAGGAUUAAAAAAGCAAUUUAACAAAGCCAAUCAGUAUAUGAGUGAAAAGAUUGGAGGAGCUAAGGGAACAGAAUUGGACGAUGAAUUCGUAGAAAUGGAAAGGCGCAUUGAUGUAUUGGGAAAGUUGGUGGAUGAUCUUAUCAAUAAAACUCAUGAAUUUCUUCAGCCUAAUCCAGCCUCAAGGGCUAAGAUGUCCACAAGAAAUGCAAUCUCUAAGUUACGAGGACAAGAACAGAAGAUAUUAUAUCCACAACCUGAAGGUACACUUGGUGACUACAUGAUCAAACACGGAACUGAUCUGGGAGAAGACUCAGUGUUUGGUGGCUGUCUGAUUGAGGCUGGUGAAUCAUUUAAACAUUUGGCUGAAAUCAAAUAUAACCUUGAAGACAAUGUGAAGCAAAAUUUUCUAGAGCCUUUAAAUCAACUGCAAAAUAAAGAUCUUAAAGAAGUUAAUCAUCAUCGCAAAAAAUUGUCUGGUAGAAGACUAGACUUUGACUGUAAAAGAAGAAAAAAAGAAAAAGGAGCACAGCCACACAGUGAUAGCCACGGUUCCAAUGUAACAGAAGAAGAAUUACGGGUUGCAGAAGAUAAAUUUGAAGAAUCCAAAAAUUUAGCAGAAAAUGCUAUGCAUAAUGUUUUAGAAAAUGAGGUGGAAUAUAUUAGUCAAUUGCAAGCUUUUAUAGAGGCUGAAGUGGAUUACCACAGGCAGGCACUGAAUACUCUUCAAACUCUGAUGGAUGCUCUUGAGAUCAAACGCAAUGAUGCUGCUUCUCGGCCAAAAUCUGAACACAUACCUAAAAGGAUAGUAUCUUACAAUCGUAGUGAAUCUCCAAACUCAUAUGAUGGUCCAAGUGAAAGUCUUGACACAGGCGGAAAAUCAGGCAGCUACAAUUUCAAUAGCAUUCAAGCUCCAUCUUAUCACCAGUCUGGCUUUGAUCCUUAUGAUGAUCAAGAUCCUUUUGGAUCUUAUGCUGUUCCUGAUACCAAGAAAAAGCCAAUGGCUAAAGCAUUAUAUGAUUUCAUUGCUGAAAAUGAGGGAGAGUUGGGCUUCCAAGAAGGAGAUUACAUUCAACUUAUUAGUCAGGUUGAUGAAAAUUGGUAUGAGGGCUCUGUCAAUGGCCAGGCUGGAUUUUUCCCUAUAAAUUAUGUAGAAGUGAUCAACCCACUCUGAUGGAAAUCAAGACAAUUUGAAACACGCCCCAAACUGCUUUUCUUUUUCCUGAGAGAUAGUCGCCUUGUUCUUCUGUUUGGGAUAUGUAGAUCCAUCUUACCUGUCUGCUCUUAGUUUUAUGUUACUCAUUUGCUGUAACUGUACAAGUUUUUAGAGAAUGCAGGUAUCAGCAAAGAAAAUUGUUUCAUGACAUGUUGAUGAUGAAUAUAUAUUUCUUUUAUUUCAAGGAAUGAAACAUUUAUUAUUUACUGAGCAUAACAGUGAGAUUAUAGAAUUGUGAGAAAGUCACAAUCAUUUUGAACAUUUUACUAUUCUGAAAGCUAUGAAUUUAAAAAAAAAAUUUUUUUUUAGUUUUUAGCUAAGUUCCAUCUCACUAUUGUCUCAAACAUGCUAACAAUGUAAACAUCAAACACAUUCCCUACAACACUUACUUAAUUUUAACUAUCUCACUAACAACUUCACAAUUGUAUCUUUGCAAUAACUGCAUCUAUCACUGAUUUUCUUGUAUGCUAUAAGUAUUUGUGUUUGCAAUAUCUAGCAAAAAUAAAUUUGUUUAGGUUAAAAUUUAGAAAUGACAGAUCCAAGAAUCAUCAUCUCAGAAACAUUUGUUUGUGCUUUUACUAAAGAUAUGAUUGGUUUUUAACUUUGAUAGUGGAAAUGUAUUAUCUUGCAACUUUGGUGGAUAUUUAGUCUCUUGUAUACUAUUCACCAGUGUGAAUUAUAUUUAGUACAUAGUCAUGAUAUCUUUGAAGUUAAUUGGUACUAAUUAUUUUUGUCCCUGGGCUAUGUUUGUAAUAAAGACAUUGUGUAAACUGAAAAUUGUAUCUAUUUAUUUAUUGGACACAGUACGUUCUUUUAUAGUAAUCGUUUGUAUAUUUUUACUGGCAGCAGAACGUCUUAUAGUGCAGCUUUGGCAAUGACUGAUAUGCAAAGAUCAUUGGACAAUUAAAAAAAUGUAAUGCAGGGGAGAUAAGAAAGCUAUUGACUAAAAGACAAUCUAACUGGGCUUACUACUGAUUAAAUGUUUAUAGUUAUUAAAUAAUGCAGUAAAACAGGAUUUAAUUUUUAAAAAUAUUCAUACAUUAUACCCCUCCAAUGUUUUGUAUAAUAACUAUUUGUAUCUGCUGCACAAUGCUCAAGUUACUAUAUAGAACAUGUUGGACUAGUUAGAAUAAUUUUCUUUAUUUACUUGUGUAUUUAGUUACUAAUGCCAUCCAAUGUACACUAUUGGUUGACAUGUUUUGAUGUUUGCUCACUUCACUAUUUCAUUGUAGUUCUUCAAAUCAUGUUUUAGCUAAAGCCUGCAUCCAAUUCAUUUCAAUUACACAUCCAUUAAGAGUUGUUGAAAAUUAUAUUCAAAAACAUAUCUUAUCACAGUGGGAAAAGAGUCUUUUAAUAUUGUGGCCAUGAUUGUAAGAGGUGGUUGUUUUCUUAUGAAUUUUUCUAAAUCCUGUUUAAAGUAUGUUAAAAUAAUUACUUUUUUGUUUGUUCUAAAUGUAAACACAAGGAACGGCCCUUCAAAAUAUCCAUCAUUGAACCUCUCCUCAUCUUUAUUCCAUCUUACUUUUGAUUCAUGAGUUUUGUUUAGUUUCAAGAACAUGUGGUGAGCACAAGUCAUUCAGUGAUAGACUGAAAUACUGGUUUUAGUUGAUGCACUUACAGGUGUAUCUGUGCAUCAUUAUACAUCAGCACAGAAUUUGUUGUUUGUUUGUUUUUUUUUUUGUGCAUGUUCAUUGGACAUUAUAGGUGUGGCUGUUGUCAUAUUGCGUACUUUGAUUAAAGUAGUAUGUUUCACAAAGAUUGGGAGUGGAAUGCUGUGGGAGAGGUUUCUACAAUUGGUGUCAGUUUUAUGACUGCAUAUACAGAAUGAUGAUCUCUGUACCAGAGCCAGGAAAAUGCACAGGCAUUUUUGGAGGAUCUUGUCCAUAGCAUCACUGUAUUAUGUUAGCAGUAGUCAAUUCAUGUUGAUGUGUCUCCUGAAUGUUUUUACUAUAGUCUAGUUAACUGUUUUUUCAUGGACUGUGAUAGUUUUAUUAGACACUCUUUAGUCAUGUGAUUUGAGAUAUAUUCAGAUUGAUUCUGAUCUUAGAACACUCUUGUACAUUUGUUGCCUUCUAGUAAAUAUGGAACUACAUUAUGAUUAGCUGACCUUUUGUUUCUAAACUAGUAUGGUUGCUAUGUUACAAGUAUGAGAUUCAAUCUUAAUAUUAUUGAUUCACUGUUUUUAUUUUAUUAUAGAUUGGCUCUAAUUAAAGUGUUAUUAUUUUAUUUAAAAAAAAUAUUAAUGAAGUGCUUUAGAUCAUUACUAAUUAUAAGUAUGUAUUUAUCCUGAGAAAUAUUUGUAAUUGGCCUUUGUUUAGAUUAUCAGGAAAUAGUCUAGUUCAUAAAUUAAAAAUCUUAUAGCAUUAACAUUAUUUUUUCCUUAUUACUUUUUUCUAUGUAAGCUAUUAUGUUCAUUUGAUUGAGCAACACCCCAGGCUUUCCCCUGUAUAGAAAUAAAAAUGUAUCUAUCCUUUGUUUGUAUUGUAUUGAUUAUUUUCAUGGCUUAAUCAAUUGCAGCUCUAGUUUGUAUAUUUCUUUUUGGUUAUGUAUUUAAGUAUACUUGGGGGAUCAAUUAAAUGCAUAAUUUAAGAUUUUUUUUCCUUGUAUGUUUAUUGUUUCCUUGUUUCAUGUUUUAUUUUAUAUGAUGAUGAGAUUCCUUUUUCUCAUGUUUUAUUUUAAAUGUUUAGAAAAAAAAAUCUUGAAUAGAAUGUAAAUAAAAGUUCAUUUUCCUGAAA